GCUGUUGUCAUGCCAAACUCUGACUGAGUUUCAUUUUAGAGUUGGGACUUGACUUACUCACUUGAGACGAAGUGGUGCUGUUAUCUUAACUGGUGGUGAAUGUUCAGGCAUGGUGAACUGAUGGACCAAAAUAUGUCCUGACUUGUUAACAGACUAAGUACAGCAUACCUGUACAAGAUAUGGUAUGAGCUCAAGCAAAAGCUGCAAUAAAAGAGACAACAUUCUCAGGUACUUCAGACUCUAACUGUUAACUGGAAUUUUUCUAAUACAAAAUGGCAACAUCAGCCUCUGCAUCUGAACUCAGAAUUGUGAUACUUGGAAAAAGUCAGAACGAAAACAUAACAUUAAGUAACUUUAUCAAUGGCAAAAAGGACUGUUCUCAUCAAAAAAUGUACAAUCAAUUUGGACAUAUCCAUAAAGAUUUGAGAAAUAUGCCCUUCACAGUAGUGAAAACAACACAUGUCUUCAGUAAGCCUGUGGAUAAAGUGAGAUACGAGAUGAAGAGGUGCGUGGCUGAGUGCCCCCCUGGACCAAAUGUUGUGCUGCUGUUAGUGAAGCCUUCUGAUUUUAAUGAACGGGACAGACAAAAAUUUAAGUUUAUCAUGAGCUUCUUUGGCCAAGAUGCUUUUAAAUACUCAAUGAUUGUCACAACGCAAAAUGAUAAUGGAGACAAUUUCUCACUGAAACAACUAAUCCAAGACUGUGGACAAAGGCAGCACAAAAUCAGCUUGGAUGAAAAAGAUCUUCCUGAGUACGAACUUCAAGAACUGAUUGAAAAAAUGGAAAACAUACUGAGUGAAAACAGAGGACAAUAUUUAACCUUUACUGAAGAGACUGAUCAGAUGCCACCACCUGAAUGUCCAAAGCCCCCUCUAAACUUGGUACUGUGUGGACAACACGAAGCCUGGAAGACUUCUGCAGCUCGUGCCAUUCUGGGAGAAAGAAAAUUUGGUCCACAUGUUAAAUCAUCAGCAUGUGUCAAAAAUGAAGGAGAGGUGUGUGGACGGUGGGUUUCGCUGGUGAAACUGCCAGCCUUGUAUGGAAAAUCUAAGGAAGCAGUGAUGGAGGAAUCAUCUAAGUGUAUCUCCCUCUGUGAUCCUGAGGGUGUCAAUGCCUUUGUCCUGAUCCUACCUUUAUGUCCCCCGACUGAGGAUGACAAAAAAGAAUUGGAAGCCAUCAAGAACUCUUUCAGCUCACGGGUCAAUGAUUUCACCAUGAUUCUUUUUACUGCGGAAGCAAAUCCUAACUUUCCAGCAGCAGUGACAUUUCUACAGAAAAACAGAGAUGUCCAGGAACUCUUUCAGAAAUGUGGUGGACGACAUUUUGUCUUUAACGUCACAGACAAACAGCAAGUGCCUGAAGUGUUACAUACCUUGGAAAACAUGAGAGCUGUGGGAUGCAGAUUUUUCACAAAAGAUAUGUUUUCCAAGAGUGCAAGAGUUUCAAGACAUACAUCUUUAAAGGUGGAAAGUAACACAUAUAAGCAAAAAGAGUUUCACAGGAUGGUGCUGGGUAGAGAAUCUCUCAGAAUGGUGCCAGGUAGAGAGUCUCUUGUAAAGGUGCCAGACAGAGAGUCUCUUGUGAAGGUGCCAGGUAGAGAGUCUCUUGUGAAGGUACCAGGUAGAGAGUCUCUUGUGAAGGUACCAGGUAGAAAGUCUCUUGUGAAGGUGCCAAGUACAGAGUCUCAUAAGAUGAUGCUGGGUAGAGAAUCUCUACCAAGUACAAAGUCAAGUACAGAGUCUGUAAGGAUGGUGCUGAUUGGGAAAACUGGUUCUGGAAAAAGUGCCACUGGAAACACAAUACUGGGGAAAAAAUGCUUUGACUCCAAAGCUUGUCUCAAGUCAGUGACCCAGCUUUGCCAAAAAGAAACAGGAGAGAUUGAUGGGCAGCCUGUCACUGUGGUAGACACCCCUGGCUUGUUUGACACAACUCUGUCCAGCAGUGAAGUUCAACAGGAGAUUCUCAAAUGUAUCACCAUGUUGGCUCCUGGACCUCACGUGUUUUUAUUAGUGCUGCAGAUUGGCCGCUUUACACCAGAGGAAAAAGAGACUGUGGAGAUGAUCAAAACAUUUUUUGGCAAGAAGUCAGAAGACUUCAUCAUUGUCAUUUUCACCAAAGGAGAUGAUCUUAAAAAUCAAACAGUAGAGAGUUACUUAGCAGAAGACACCGAGGGAUUCAUCAAAAAUCUGACAACUCAGUGCGGAGGAAGAUACCAGGUCUUCAACAACAAUGAUCAAAAUAAUCGUUCUCAAGUCAGUGAGCUGCUAAGCAAGAUUGAGUUACUGGUGAGCAAAAAUGGCGGUGGCUACUACACUUCAGAGAUGUUCAAGAAGGCAGAGGUAGCCACACAAAAGGAAAUUGAAAAGAUCAUGAAGGUGAAAGAACCAGAGAUACAGAGAGAACAGAGGGACCUUGAAAGGAAACAUCAAGAAGAAAUGCAAAAGAAAAAAGAAAAAAUGGCACAACUGAUAUCGACAUUUGAUCAAGAUGAAAGCGCCAAACUAGUUAAAGAAAAAGAAGAGGACAUGAAGAAGGAGCAGAAGAGAGAAAGAGAAAGGAGAGAAGAAGAGGACAGGAACAAGAAAUGCCAAGAGGAAAGCCAAGAACGCAAGUGGGAACAAAGACUUGAAACUCUGGAGAAAACAAUAAAAUAUGGAACAAAAAAACAAAUUGCUGACAGGAUAUUAUCACAGAGUAGAGAAGAAAUUAAAAAAGAGCGAGAGGCUUGGGAGCAAGAAAGAAGGGAAUGGUGGGAGAAACGAUAUCGAGAAGAUGAACAGAGACAAGAGGAGGAGCAAACACAACUUAGAAAGCUCAGAAAAGACUACGAGCAAGAAUUAAAAAGGUACAAAAACAUAAGAAAAGAAGAAAUUAGAGCAAAAAGAGAAAACGCGGAAAGAGAAUUUAAAGAAUUACAAGAAAACUAUGAGAAAAAACUAGAGGAAAUAAAGAAGAAACAUGAAGAAGAGGCCAGAAAACAAGCUGAAGAAUACAGUGAAUUCAGACAUGUAUAUGUCAAUGAUGUUUCAGUUGUGUUCGAGCAGUAUGGAAAGGAAAUACAGGAUAUGAAGCUGAGGCAACAAAAACUAAACGACACAAUGAUGGGACAGCUGUGCAGAAACAAAGCAUAUCAAAAAGACUUUGAUAAACUGAAGAAAAAACAAGAACAAGAAAUGAAUGACCUGAAAUUGAAGUAUUUUGAAAACAAAGAAAAUGGGGACAAAGAAAUUGAUGAGCUAAAGAAAAUACAUGAGGAAGAAAUAAAUCACUGGAUACAGGAACAUGUGAAAAAAGCAGCAGAAAGCAAGGCUUGUAGCAUUUUAUGAGAUGUUUUGUUUUUGACAGUUUCAACUGCAGAACUGACUAUUAAGUGAUCUGAGUUGUUUUCGUUUUUUUUUUUUUUUUUUGGCACAUACCAUUAUAUUAUUUGAUCAAUGUUUGACUAUAUAUAUAUAUAACAAAAAAAGUAAGCUAAAUAGUGUUGUAUAGUGCAAAGGUCAAGUUAACAUUUGUCCUAGUGGCCACAGUAGCCCUUACUAACUGCCACAUGCAAAGUGUUAUCUGUAUUUUAUUUAUUAUUUUAAUUUCUAUUUGUCACUCUUUCUUCUGCUUGGGGUUGUCAGUACAAAAUUACAUAGGGUGGGAUACAUGAAGUUUUUCUUAGCUGUAAAUUUAAGUGAAUCUGUAUAACACACAGCAUGUUAGUAAACAAAAGAUUUUUCAGUGGGCCCAAAUGGAAUCUGCUUUUUUUAAAAUUGUUUUUAGGGAUGGUUAAGAAUGAAAAUCUGAGGAAUUUAGUGCAACAUUUUUUAUGCCUUCAUUCUCAAGUCUGAACUUCUUGUUAUAUGUUCUCAUGUAAACACACGUCACUAUUUUAAAAAUGUACACAGAUGAAUAAAGUUUUAGAGUCAUUACA